AUCGGUCAUUUUCGGUAAUCCUCGACUUUAUUCGACAACUGUCGGCUGCACUUUCCAGUUCGGUGUAUAUCGAUACGUUAUAUCGUGCAAAAUGCUUGCUCUCUGUUAAUAUUUUUAUACCUGUUUCUCUUUUACGGUACAAAAUGGCGACCACACGACUGCUGGUAAAGAAAAUAGCCCAAUGAUCAACAAAUGUGGUCCAUUGCCUUGACUGUUUGCAGAGAAACCGACUGCGGUAUAGAAGGAAUAGUACUAUUGUUCAUAUUUCCAAUUUAGUUGCUCAUCUAUGUGGCCUUGCAGUUGAUACAUCGCUGACUUCUGUCAUUCGAGGAUUAGUUUGCGUUUCAUUAUCAUCGAACCGGCAGGGCCACAUUUAAUUCUUCGAUACCGUAAUGUGAUACACUUCACACAGAAGUUUUAUUCAUCUAGCUUAGGAUGGCAGUACUUUGGUCAGGACGGCCAGGUUGGCUGGGUAAACUGGGUUUAUUGUUACUGGCCGCAUGGUUCUGUGUAUUAGUUUUAUCUGUUUCACGUGUAUUCAGAGAUAGUGCUUCAUCUACUCAAGAUCCUAGCUCCGGUCAAAAAGAAAAUGCCCAACGAUUAGCACAUAUGGUCAGUGAAUUUGAAAUUCUGAAGAAACAGAAUGAGGGACUCAGGAAUAUCAUUUUAGGUGAUGGAUUAAAAUCAAUUUCUGGAGAUCAUUUAGGUAUGUUACAAGAAAAAUAUAAAAAGAACCCAGCAUACUAUGAUUUGUUAGACCAUCAAGAUGGCCCUAAAACUGGUGUGCCAUCUUUAGAAUAUGAAGUACUGCGCAGAAGAAUACGAAACAAUGUACAAGAAAUGUGGUAUUACAUGAAUGCCGAAUUAAAAAAGCUCAAGAAAAAUAGUGAUGCACUGACAAAUGGCCAAGUGGAGAAUUAUGUUGAAAUUUCACUUAAAAAUAUAUGGGAACAUAAAAAAUCACUGAUUAUGGAUAUUGAUAGGCUCACCAAGGCCGAUGGUUACGAUGCGUGGAGAGAAAAGGAAGCAAAGGACUUAUCCGAUCUCGUUCAAAGAAGAUUCAGAGCUUUACAAAAUCCCAGUGACUGUAACAAAGCCAAGAAGUUAAUAUGUAGUUUAAAUAAAGGCUGUGGAUUUGGAUGCCAGAUACAUCACGUCACUUAUUGCUUCUUAGUGGCUUACGGUACUGAAAGAACUCUUAUACUGAAGUCAAAAGGUUGGCGUUAUCAUAAAGAAGGUUGGGAAUCAGUUUUCAAGCCAGUAAGUGAUACGUGUACGUCAACUAGUGGUACUUCCCAUGCAAAUUGGCCUGGAGAUCCAUCAAAACAAGUGCUCUCAUUACCAAUAGUGGACACCGUCUACCCAAAGCCCAAAUUCCAGCCACCAAGUGUACCAGCCGAUUUAGCCCACAGACUAGAACGUCUCCACGGUCAUCCUUUAGUUUGGUGGGUAGGCCAAGUCUUGAAAUAUUUGAUGCGCCCUCAUGAUAACACGAAAACACUUCUGGACUAUUCGAAAGAAAAACUUGGCUUCAAGAAGCCCAUCGUGGGAAUUCAUGUUCGUAGAACGGAUAAAGUCGGUACCGAAGCAGCCUAUCACGAUAUAGACGAAUACAUGGUGAAAGUGGAGCAAUAUUUUGAUCAGUUAGAGACUAAGCCCGAUGUGAAGAGAGUCUUCAUAGCCAGUGAUGAUCCAAAAGUGAUAACCACUGCAAGAAAUCGAUAUCCAAAUUAUGAAAUAAUUGGCGAUCCGGAAAUAGCCGAGACUGCAUCCGUAGCAAAACGAUAUUCCGAUAGUUCGUUACGAGGAAUCAUCGUAGAUAUUCACCUUUUAUCUCUGAGUGAUUAUUUGGUCUGCACUUUCAGCUCUCAGGUCUGUCGGGUCGCUUAUGAGUUGAUGCAAACUCAUUACCCUGAUGCGUAUGAUCGCUUCGCCUCCUUAGAUGACGUAUAUUACUACGGUGGUCAGAAUUCGCAUCCCCACGUAGCAAUAUUAGAUCACAUUCCGAGGCGCAGUGGCGAAUUGGAAUUGAAGGUCGGCGAUCCUGUCGACGUCCAGGGUAACCAUUGGGACGGUUACUCGAAAGGUCGCAAUACGAGGACUAAUACGGGGGGACUAUUUCCCAGUUUUAAGAUUAAGAAUCCCGUUGAGGCUGUAGAAUUUCCGAAGUAUCAGAAUGUGCCCUUAGAAGAAACAAAGGAAAACUAAGAAGAUAUGGCCGUUUAGUGUAUACAAAGUGAGGACUGUUGCAAUCUAACGGGUAUCGUUUUUACGUAUCUCCUACAUAACUACUGUAAUGUCCCACCUUAAGAGUAAUGACGGAUUUCAAUGAUUCCCCUACAAUUAUAUUUUUCCCUGUACUGUCCGACUAUUUUCUAUUUAAAAUAGCAGGCUUCACGUGAAAAACCCGCGAUCGUCGUACUAGUUGAUUCUUCAUAUAAAAGAUACAGUAUACUGCGUCUGCUAGGGAUUCAGAAUCUUGUCGCUCAUUCAAAUUACGAAUUUAAUCCGCUGCCCUUGGGAGCAACUCGCAAUUCAUUUAGGAUUACGAUGUCCUGCCUGACGCAUCCCUCUUGGCUAAAGGCAGCGUUGUCGUCAUCCCGAAUCAAUUUCUAGGAAUACAAAAUAUUUAUAAUAAUUUCCACAAACAACAAGUCGAAGUUUAGGGAGUGUGAUCGUUCAGUUAAUGAAAGAUUUAAUUGUAACGCGUCCAAUCUAAGUCUCAAACCUCUAAUGACUUUUAUAAUUAUGGGACAUGUUAAAUAUUAAUUUUAAAUACUCUACGUGCAAGAUAGGCAAGCGAAGGAACAAAAAAGAGAAAGAAUUAAACGAUUUUUAUUAUAUGUACUAGGUCACUGUAUUUACAUAUUCAAACUGACAAUUGUGCCAAUGCAUUUAUCAUCAAAAUGAAUAUAUUAAUAAUUCAGUUCAUCGUCGGUGGCUCACAGAUUUGCGACAAUUCGAGAAAAAAAAACAAUCAUUUUUCGCGUUGGUACUGAAUAAAUCAUUGUGCACACAACAGCUUGACAUAUCGGGACAGUAUAAAUUUUAAAUUGAAGUAUGUGAUUUGAUAUGAACAAAAUGUAAUAUAAUUAUCCUAAUGCGAAUUUUAGAUUAAUUAAGACGUUAAGUGCCGAGCUACCGGUUGAUAUUCGUUUUUCGUUCACGCCGUUUGAUGCUACUUAUUCAUUAUUGAUGAACGCGUCGGUAACCGAUGACCAAAGUGGCUUGAACGAAGAAAUUUUACUGUUGGUCACCGAUGACUGAUAUGCCGCUUAACUUGUUAAAAAGCUCUCAUUUACCAAACAAACGAAUUCUAUCGCCUUUAUACUUUAAUUGUUUUUUUUAACCUUUUAAUGCUGCAAGAAAAUACCUUGUCCCUGAAUAGACAAAGAAAAUUUAUAGUGGCAAACAUGCAUUGACGCAUGCGUGGACUAGGCGUUUCUUUGGAAUACUUAGUUAACAGAAGUUCUAUAUUUUAAAAACUAUUCUAUUCUAUUCCGUCGCAAUGUCAUUUCCUGAAGGGUUUACUACAAUAGAAGUUACUGCUCUUAGUCCCAAUACUGGGUAUGUACUACGGAACACAUGCUGCAUUAAAGGGUUAAAAUGUGUGGCCUCUGUGGUGUUGGUCGAUUUAUCGUAAGCUUUAAUGACCGAUACUUUAGAAAAUUAUCACAUGUAAAAGUCCGCGUAGGCUCAGCUAUCGCGCAUACAAAAUUUGUUAUAACGAAGAUGGAGGUAUAAUUACAUGUCUAUGUAUAUUAUUGCAUUUCGACAAUUUUCAGAGCUUACCGUGCGGCGCAUAUUUUUAAUGCAGAUUCUAAAGGAAAUUCUUAAUUAUAAAUAUACACCAGAUUCAAGUAAUUUGAUAAGUGGACGUCGAGCUGGGCUUGAGGCCUACAUAUGAUUAAAAUUGUGGGGCCGUCCCCUAUAUAAAUAUUGUAAUAUAUUUUAUACUAAACUGAAAAUAUAAACGAGAAUCGUUAUUAUAUUGUACAAUUAA